AUGAAUAAAACUGGAUCUUUAAUAUUAUUAUUGGUAGCUUUCAAUAUUGCUGCUGCUCAACUCGUCACUAUUCCUAUUGAAAAGAGAGUUCCUGAAUCAAACAACGGAUUCUUAGAUGAUAAUGACUAAGCUGCUGUUGACAGAUUAGUUAACCACAAUUAAUACAUGUACUCAGGUAACAUCGAAGUUGGUAAUUCCAAGUAAACCUACACUGUUGAUUUUGAUACUGGAUCUAACCUUUUAUGGUUAACAGGAAAGAACUGUCCUACUUGUGUUAAAGACGGAUACAAGCAUUCUUACGAUUGCCAAGUUUCCGAUGGUUGCAACAUGACCUCUACUCCUGCUUCUAUUACUUACGGUGAUGGUUCUGGUGUUUCUGGUCACAUUGCUAAGGUUCCUAUUAGCAUUGCCGGAUUAGCUCCUGUUACUGAAGCCCUCCUCGUUGUUGAAAAGUCAGUCAGAAACGGAGGAUUAGAAUCUGAUGGUUUGAUGGGUCUCGGUGUCUAUGAUGAACACAACACCAACGCUGUUCCUUUUGUCAACUAACUUUUCAAAUAAGGUAUCAUCUCUAAGAGCUAAUUCAGUUUCUAUCUUGGUUUCGGUCAAAACGAAUCUGAACUUAUUAUUGGUGGAGUUGAUAAUACCAAACUUGCUAACCCCUCUUAACUUUACUUCCAUCCUAUUAUUAUUAACGGUCAACACAAUGAUAGUCAAAGAUGGUCUGUUGCUAUCAAGUCUGUCUCUUUUGGUGACUAAUCUGUUCCUCUUACUUCUAAGAACGUUGCUAUCGUUGACUCUGGUACUUCUUUGCUUGUCAUGAGAAACGAUGUCUUCAAGUAAUGGAUUAACUACCUUAAGACUGUUGCCACUCUUAAGACAAUCACCUCAGGUGGUAGUAUAUUCUACGGUGUUAAAUGUGGUGCCACUUUACCCGAUUUAACCUUCACUCUUACUGAUGUUAACGGUGUUGACAGAAGCUACUCUCUCCCUUCUUCUUUCUAUGUCAUCUAAGAUAACAGCUCUUGCAUUAUUGGAGUCUAAGGUAUUGCUCUUACCAGUGAUGUCUAAUUCAUUUUGGGUGAUGUUUUCAUGAGAAGAUUCGUUUCCGUUUUUGAUUACACUACUGUUUCUAUGGGUCUUGCUCAAUCAGUUGCCAACCCUGCCUCUACUAACGGUAGCAGCUCAGUAAACACCCUCAAAACUUUCAUUGCUUUAGGAUUAGUUUUAAUUGCUGUCUCUGCUCUUAUCAUCCUUGCUCUCAGAAGAAAGUGA